UGUAAUUCAAGGAAACCGUUACACGCACAAUUGUGUUCCAUUCAAUAAAAAUAUUUGGGUGUUUCAUAUGGAGAUAGGUGUAUUUUAGCACGAAUAGAUAAACUUGCUUAAUUAUUUUAUGAAUUAUACAAUCUGCGGCUAUUCGAAAAUAAUAAUAUAAUGCGUAUCUUACGUUCGCAGUAUUUGAAGUACAAGGCACAGCAGGGUCAGGAAGCCAGUACAAGUUCUAAAACAACAACAACGCUGGCUUCGUUACACGAUGAAACUGAGGUGCAGCAUACAACCUCCAAUAAGGCAAAUGGAGAUUUGAAAUCAAUACAAACCGUUACGCAGACAACACGUACCACAAUACGGCGGAGUUCGAUAGCACCACUCAAGGAUAAUUCUUCGCGCGCACCCUAUAGGCGCAAUUCAAGUUAUCCAAUAAAUGAAACUACGCAGAUAGUAGCCGAUAAUUUGCAAACGUGUUUGCCAUCUGGUCAAGACGAGAUUAAUAGCAAAUGCCUUGAUGCGCCUACAACGCCUGCAGCAAUACAGCAGCGACGGCAGACAGUCGCUUGCACUAACGCCGAUGAGCAUUUAAAACAUCAGAUAUUAAACGCAUUAAAAAUUAAAUUGCUAAAC